AUGGACCAGAUGGAUAAUUAGUUUUAGGAGAAAUUCUAAUAGUUGUUAAAACUCAAAGAAAUCUAUUCUACCAGAAAUGUUUUACCUGAGAGGCUGCAACGAUUGAAACUCGUAGAUAUCAAUUUCUAACUCAAAUACAUUCGAUAAAAACAAUAAAAUAGAUUUAACCUCAUUCUUAACAAUUCAAUUGCUUCUCAAAAUAUAUCAAAAAAACAAGCAACCGAAAGAAGCUUCUCCAAUUAAUUGAGUCAUCUGAAUAUUGCUGAUUAAUAAAAUAUUUGUUUAAGUUGCGAUAAAUAUAUUUUCGAAAAGAAAGUAAAUUUACUUUGCCAAAACAAAUUUAGUCACAACUACCAUUCAAAUUGCUUAGCUAAUAUUAUGAAACAGCAGCUGGCUAAUCAGUGUACAAGUUUCUAAUGCUUAUGUAAAAGUUAAAUAAAUAAUGGAUAAAUCACAAGAUAAAAAAUAUUAGAAUUAGAAGUUUACAUAAAUAGAUUAAUGAUUAAUUAGUUAAAUUAUUUAAAAACUCAUUACUAGUUUAUCAAAUAAUGUGCAAAUAAAGACUGCGAUUUUUUUUGGAUCUAUAAAUAACAGCAAAGGUAAAUCAGAUCACGUUCUAACUCCCCUGUUAAAUCUUACAAAAUUACAUAUGCUAACUAUUGUCCAGAUUGUAGAUUUUUGUGA